CAAAUGUGUUGUAAACCGUUUGGCCUUUUGUCGCUAAUAGAUCACUAGCGGCUGUUCCUGAUUAAGACAAAUGCUUAACAACGUGCAUGGCAGCUUCAACAUUUUGUUGCUGAAGUGGUUUAUAAAUUAUCUCCAUCUUCUCCAUAUAGAUUUUUGUAGUUCGUUCGUUUCUAAUAAUCUAAACAACACACAGCGAAAAUAUAUAUAAAAAAAGAAAGAAAUACAAACAACAUCGGACUCUACGGCUGGGUGUGUGUGUAUGCUUUGGCCGGAUGGCUGGACGGAACGGAGGCGCCGUAAACGGCAACGUGUGAAAUGAGUCGAACAACUGCUUCGACGCUUGAGACUUGCGGCCCGCUGCUCAAUUGGAAACGUGCGCUGGACGCGUGCAGUGCUCAUCGUGCGCCAUUUUAACGAUACAGAUCUUUAGCCGAGGAGCAGCAGCAGCAUCAUUCAUAAUUCCACAAUGCAUCCUGCAUCGCCGCAUCAGCAUCGCACGCGACUCAAUAUCAAUGCACCCGGAACAGGUGCCGGCCAGGCGUCGCAUCCGACACAACAGCAGCCACAGCAGCAGCAGCAGCACACGGUUCAGAUCAGCUCCAGCACACAUCCCUAUCAGGGACUAAAAACCUCUGAAAAUGACGAAAUGGGCUGCGUGGAGCUUCUGGCCACGGCUAUAUCGGUGCUAAUCAUGGUGCUGACGUUUCCCUUCUCAGUGUUUAUUUGCUUCAAGGUGGUCUCCGAGUAUGAGCGUGCGGUCAUCUUUCGCAUGGGUCGGCUACGCAGCGGCGGAGCACGUGGUCCCGGCGUCUUCUUCGUGCUGCCCUGCGUGGACGACUAUUAUCCGGUGGAUCUGCGCACUGUCUCGUUCGAUGUGCCGCCACAGGAGGUGCUGUCUAAGGACUCGGUGACAGUGACAGUCGACGCCGUUGUCUAUUAUCGCAUCAGUGAUCCACUCAAGGCCGUUAUCCAGGUAUCCAAUUACAGCCACUCCACACGUCUCUUGGCUGCCACAACGUUGCGGAAUGUGUUGGGCACCCGCAACCUUUCGGAGCUGCUCACUGAACGCGAGACCAUUUCACAUACGAUGCAAAUGUCCCUGGAUGAGGCUACCGAUCCGUGGGGCGUCAAGGUGGAGCGAGUCGAAAUCAAGGACGUCUCGUUGCCAACGGCACUGCAACGCGCCAUGGCCGCCGAGGCGGAGGCUGCGCGUGAGGCACGCGCUAAGGUGAUCGCCGCCGAGGGUGAGAUGAAAUCUUCGCGUGCACUUAAAGAAGCCUCUGAAAUCAUUUCGGCUAGUCCGUCGGCGUUGCAGCUGCGCUAUUUGCAAACGCUGAGCAGCAUCUCGGCGGAAAAGAACUCGACCAUCAUUUUCCCAUUGCCCAUGGAGCUGCUGACGCCAUUUCUGAACUCGUCCGCUCAAUUUGCGGCCAACGCCCAUGCGACGCCAUCGCCACUUCACAGGCACCAGCAUCAGCAUCAUCAGUGACGUUCGAUGUCGGUGCUGCAGCCAUACCUGGAGGCACUGGGUCGCUGCGAGCUGCGCCGGCAAAUCGCGGGCAACAAUAUGGACGACGAUGACGAUAUCGUUGGCUACUUGUUGUAGGUGGACUGACAGAGAGAGAGAGAGAGAGAGAGAGAAUCUCACUCAAUGUGUUCUCCCAAGCCAACCAGUGCUACAUAGUGAACACAAUUAUGUUCCUAAGGACAUC